CCCACUCGGGACAUCGUGGAUUCGGGUGUUGGAAGUGCGUACUAUGUUAGUCUAAAUCUGAGCUGAGGUUAAUCUCAUACCCAUCUGCAAUACAAGUAAUUCUGCAAGACGGCAGAAUAAAGAUAAUCGGGAUUUAUACGGAUAAUCAAUCAGUUUAUUGAUUGCUGAUUAAGUAGGAAAAAAGGGAUACACAUUGUAUCUAGUUUGCAAUUUUCAUCCUCGAAGGACAGUUUGCAACUCAAGCUGUGCAAAAAAAAGUAAACUGGAAGCUUUGAAGUUUCUGAGAUAAAUUUCAUAAUGGUUUGAUUGUUUAAAACAAUUCUGCAACAGUUGCACGCCACGUGUUUGCCGGGUUACACAGGGAGCAGCCCUGACAGGAGCAGAUUUCAUCCUUUAAAGCGUGAUUUUAAAAAAAAGAAAGAUCUGUGAGAGACUGACAGUUCUGGGAGUGAUGUCUGCAGUUGCUUAUAUCGAUUACCUUGCCGCCGAGUGCCUAGUUUCUAUCUCUAGUCGCCCUGUGGUGCACCAGUCUCCUGGGCAGGGCUUGGCCGAAGAGGAGACGAGGGGAUCCCGGGACGGCUGUGGUUCCCUCCUGAACAUGGCCAGAAUCCUGGCCGACCUAAGCAAGUGCAAUCCACUCUCGCAGGUGGGGUCCAGCCACGAUCACUGCGCCGUAGCGCAGCGCCGGGAAGCGCACUUCACGCCCGCUAUUCCGCUGCGUGGCGCAACGGGGCAAGUGAAAAAUCUCUCCAGCCAGCGACACGAGUGUCCGUACACUGGAUGCGCCAAGGUCUACGGGAAGUCUUCUCACUUGAAGGCGCAUCUGAGAACGCACACUGGAGAGAAGCCCUUUCCUUGUACAUGGUCCGGCUGCUGUAAAAAAUUUUCCCGUUCCGACGAGCUAACACGGCACUACAGGACCCACACAGGCGAGAAAAAGUUCAAGUGCCCCUUGUGUGAGAAGCGUUUCAUGAGGAGUGACCAUUUGAGCAAGCAUGCCAGGCGGCACUCUAACUUCCAGUCCAGCAUGCUACAGAGAGCACGGAGGAGAGUCGUCUCCUCCCUGGCUACAGACCUCGAACCAGCCAGGCUUUAGCAUUGAACUAACUACUGGAACUGAAGCAGAGUCUGGAUGUUUCAGAGAUGGUUAUUCAGUCUCAGUCUGGCAAUUUUUUUUGAUGAGUACAAACUUUGUUCUUUAUUGGGUAAAAAUCAAUGAUUAUAAGACUUUCCAUUCUUUCAUUCAGCAUUUAAUUGUCCAUACAUACUAUUACUGAGGUUGUAUAUUUUUGCUUUGAUGUACACGACUGUAAUAUCACUUCACUGGUGUGGACAUAAAGCUUGCUGUAAACCUUCACAUGCAAGCAAAUUCUGGCACCUGUCUUUUGGAAAAAAUAUAGAAAUAAACCUUGUUGCCACGCUGGUACCAAUGCUGUCAGUAAUUGGCUUUCUGCAGAUGAGGUAUUUUCCUGCAAGUUUUAUAAGGCUAGGUCAGUCCACUUCAUAUCUUGUUCAUUGAUAUUUAGUUGUUCCACCAUUAUCCUGCUCAAGUUCAGCAAGUUCACUCAAUGGUAUUUCCACAUCUUCAUACGGCAGCUUGUCUUCUCACCAGUAUUGUCUAUCAGGUCCAGAAUUCUGUCAUCUCACACCUGCAGACCACAUUAAUGCAACCCGGCAAGAACAUUACACAAAUGCCAGAUCCCCUCCAGAGCAGGCUGUAGCGAAUUUGAUUUCUAAUCAGUGCAAGCUCCAGCAGAAAGUCUACUGUAGGUUUGUGAGUGAACGGAAUGCACGAUGAGCAAUGUUUAUUUGUCAUUCAUUUCAAAAUUUGGACUGUGUUAUUUUUAAAAAGUAUUCUAGCGCUGACUAGGCCCUAAAGAUAUUGAUGCAUGAAAUGGCUCAACUGAACUCAAAAAUGACAGACUUUGUAAAAAUAAAAGUUAUUUAUUUCACUUCAUACAAAGACAUACUAUUUCAAAGGGUAAAUCUUUUCUUUUAAAACAAACUAACAUGAAUGGACAUUAGAAGUAUCAAAACAAUAUUAUGAGUUCUCAAAAACAAAGUUCCAACACCAAAAAGUCUUCAAUGGGAAUUUUACGAAAAUGCACAAGGGGAAAAUAAUAUACAAAUUUCCAGAUAUAUCACAAAAAGCUAAUGUGAAGGAAAUUCAAUAAUUAAAUGGGUUCAGUUCCAAUGAAGCCAAAAAUGGCAGAUUCCAGAAUCACAUCCCAGAUAUCCCCCUUUUAGGAGUAUUUGAAGGUAUAAAUAUGGCACUGCUUGGCCUUUCUCAAAAGGCAUUAUUGGAUCAAGACAGGAGUAACAGGGAGAGCAAAGGUAGACUGGGAAGAGACAGGUAAGGACUAAUGGGCAGACAUCUAAACAAGUGGAAUUAUGUCUUUUUUCAUUAAAAAGGUGCAUGUUAGCGAAUUAUAAUGGUAAAAGUUGUGGAACACAUUAGUAAAAACAUCUGCAACAAUAGAACACUAAAUAUUCUGUGAUUUCCAUUACUUACAAAAAUAAGGCAAGCACCAGCAUUUUAAAUAGAUAACUCUUCAAACUCCACACCCUUCCCAAAUCUGAGUUAUGUCAACAAGUAGAUUAAAACUACAUUUUUUUUUAAACAGUAUGUCCCACAGCAUUAUUGAAGGCCAGGAUGUUGGCCUUGCCCACAGUACCACACCAUGUUCUAGUGGAUGAAUUAAGGGAGACUUAGCUACAACCCUCCCAGUCAAGUGGUUUCAUGGGCAGGCAGGACACUUGGUGAGCCUUAUAUAUAAAAAAAUUGUGCUAGGCACAUAAUUUGACAAGUUGCCAGUGUAGCAAUACUUGAGUACUGGCUAAAUCUAUAACAGAUUAUCUUCCUGAUACCCUAUUUAAAUAGGCAAUAAUUGGCAAUAUUAUUCCCUUCCUAUGUAAUAUGCAUCCUGACUGGAACAUGCAAAUUACUUUCUCCUGCCGUGCUCAUGAAUUAUGUGUACAGCACAGUUCUGAUUUGAGAGUGAAACCACUUCUGUCUAUACUAGAAUGUGGAUUCAAUUUAUUUAUUUAAAAUAAGCUAAUUUGCUGCUGUUUACAGGGAGCUGCUCUGUUACCCAAGAUCACCUUGAUUACUUAUUUUCUAACUGGUAGGCACAACUUAAAAAAAGAUGCAUUUGAAGAAUGUACACUCUUUCCUAAAAAGGGGGAAUGAUUUUGCAUGUCCUCAUUCCACACUGAUCCAAGUGUCAUAAUAAAUUAAUCAGGCAGUACUGGAUAGGGACACCCAGCAGCAUUUUACUGGCAAUUUGCUUCAUAACAUUUGCUAAUGAAGCCACAGCAGAUGUUCAUAUCCAGGAAUAUUAACCAGCAAUCCUUAAGGGAGUAAUCUACCUUUACUGAGAGAGAAACUCUGACUCCCAUUUACUCUUUACAACUCUGUACAGUAGUCCUGUUAGGGUCAAGACACACUGGGAUCAAAGCAUUGAAUACAAAUGCAUGGGUAGAUAUCCAUGUGACAAUGAUGUUUAGCAAAAAGUGUACAUCAAGUUAUAUUGCUGCAGCAGAAAUAUCUUGUAAUUUCUGUCUAUGCAACAAGCAUUCCACAGUCUGAGCAUUAAGUCCCUGAACACGCACAUUCUCCAGGGUCACGAUGGAUAUCAACAGUCUGAUAACUGCAUACCACUGUCUCUCAUUUCAAAAGUCAGGCACAGACAAUGUGGCAUUUAGAUUUCCUCAAAAUCCCCUCCACCACCCAGUCUCCAAAAGCACGAUCAGUUUUUUUAAAAAGGCAAAGCUUGAUAGUACUAGUAGUUAGAAAAAUAGCCCUGAGUUACCAAAAGAGGCAACCUGUUUGCCUGUAAACAUGAUUGACCUGAUCAGGGAAAAGUCCACAGUUUCUCAG